AUGCCCGGAAACAACAACGACGUCACUGUUUUGGACCACUCGCCAUUGUUCGACAAAUACAUGAAUGGGAUAGCACCGCCGGUUGACUAUGAGGUUAAUGGUUCAGUAUACAACCUUCCCUACUACUUGACAGAUGGGAUUUAUCCCAAACAUGCUAUCUUCAUGCAAGCUGUUAGGAAUCCUGUGACAGCGAAAGAGCGUGCAUUUACAAGACUACAAGAGGCUUGUCGGAAGGACAUUGAGAGGGCAUUCGGCGUACUCCAGCAAAAGUGGAGAGUACUGCGCGUUCCGGCAAGACUAGAACAACUGAAAGAUCUUCUUCUGGUUAUGACAACGUGUAUCAUCUUGUAUAAUAUGGUGGUAGAAGACGAGCGUGGGCAAAACCUGCCGGAGUGGGUGCCAACUAACAACGAGGACCAAAGCGCUGUGUACAGUUCACAGUCCGUGGAGGAAGUCCGCAUGCUAUACCGAGUACGAAUGGGCAGACUCUGUAACACAAGCACAAAUGCGAAGCUACAAGAGGAUCUAAUUAAUUACCAAUGGAUGCUGAGUGGGGGUGAAAGUAUCUUUUAA